AUGCUGCGUGCCUCACUCAUUGUUUAUGGCAGCGGAUUUAUGCGGACCAUUGGGAAGAGGAAAAAGGCCGCGGCAGCCACAGCCGCCACUACUGCCAUCAAUGGGAAAACUUCUAGUGUUAGUACUGUUGCUGAUAAGAAGAGAAGGAAGAAGGCGACGACGCAGGUUGAGGAAAUGAUGGAUGGGGAUUCCACACCUGUUAUUCACAACAGCAAUUCCACGCAUACUCGUUUAGGUGACGGGAAUUCAGAAAAGGCAUCAAAUUCUCGUCAUGGGACCACCGCCACUGGCCUCCGCAGCCGCAGGAACAAACGCAGCGACGAGGAGGUUUUGCAAUUAGCUCAGCGCAUGCAGCGGCGGGACCUCACGGGGGAAGUGCCCGUGGCGUCCUUCGCUUACGAGAUAUUGAAGGCACACCCAUCUGUGCGCCAAAUGGGGUUGCGUGAGCGCAUGUCAUUUCUCUGCGAUCGAUGGGACCGGCUCAGGAAGGAGCAGCGGCAGGUGUACCUUGACGACCCGCUCAAAGGUCUGUUGUAG